UUUUUUAUUUUUUAUUUUGGCUUUCUGUCGCAUGAGAAUGCAAACGGAUGGAUGAGCAUCAGCAAAGUCUCCAUUCCCAUUCUAUUCACGAUUCUUUUUUUUUUUCUUUUCUUUUUGCAUCAUCAUUUCUCGGAUCCUUGCAAGUUUAGAUCUUCUUUUCCCUUUAUUUCUAUUUGUUGUUUCCUCAAAUUAUACCCCCUUUCUCAAACACAGCAAAUCAUAUCUUCUUCUCUUAACCCUUCCCCUCCUGUCCCUGAGAAAUAAAAAACCCCACUAAUUCAACAUACACUCCCUCCCCUCUCCACUCCCCGAUACCCUCCCCUCCCUCUCGCAACAAACAAGAUGCCGCCCUUCGAGCUCCAACAAGAGGUCCUGCCGAUCCAACUGCCGAUGCAGCCCCUGAACAUCUCGCGGCGCCGCGCCUCCCGCGCCAUCGCCCUGGGACUGCCCAGCCUGAACACUGCUGCCAUCUCGGCCAAUGACAUCGAGAACGAGAUGUGGGGAUCAAAAUCAUCCGCCUCUGCCACCGCCGAUAGUGUCUCCUAUUCAAUCCAUUCUCCUUCCUCACUAUCAUCGACGACGAAUGUGCCGCUGUGGAAUACAAAGGCCGGCCACGGAACAGGGCCUGGAACAGGACCACCAACAAUGUCGUCGCGGGAGAACACAUACACGUCCCCGUUGACCUGGCUAUCGCGAGUGAUCACGAAGGCAGGUCGGGACGAGCGGUUGCAUUACCAUUCGAACGGACAUCACCACCACCACCAUCACCAUGGUCAUACCCGGAGUCAUAGCCACAGUCUCCACCAUCAUCAUCAUCAGCAGCUAUCGCCAUCUGCACCGCUUACCAAACAGCUCUUCAGCAAGGCCACCGUGGUGACAUUAGAGAGGAAAUAUGCGACUGUUCACUGGGCUGCCGAGUUCUACUGCACAAUCAGCUCCCCAUGCUUCGCUCUUCCGUUGCUCCUCUACCUCGACCCCCGCUUCCGUUGGUCCUCGCCCGAUAUCCAUAUCACCCAUUUCGCAAUCUUCCUCUCCGUCAUCACCGCCGCGACCUCGACCCUCUACCACGCGACCCUCUACAAGAUCUUCUCGUCCCUCGAUGCCUGUUUCGCUACCAUCAUGUUCUACAUGAAUACCAUCCAACUCCUCCGAUCCCUCCCUGAACCCUACGCCCUGAUGGUCCCGGAUUUGAUCUCGACUGUCGUCCAUUGCGCCUGGACCCCUUAUCUGCUGGUCAUCAGCAUGGUCACACUCUUCAUCGUCUCCUGGAGACGUACUGCCAUGCUCUCCUUGUCGUUGAUGGUCUUGAUGAUCCCGGCCUCCAUCUGGGGGUUCGCCGUCCAUGAGGCCUGGAUCGGACUCGCGGCCGGUUUAGUGGGCUUGUCCAUGUUCGCGGCUGAUCGGUUCAAGCUCUUUUGUGGACAUUCUUAUUGGCAUCUCGCCGGGGGUCUCAGUCUGUGGUACGGCAUCGCCAGCGCUGCAUUGGCAAAAUAAAAAGGAAUGAGGGGGAGGGGAGAUAAAAGCAUCUGUACUGUACAUUAUA